GAGUGUAUUGCUAGGGACAUGAUAUCAUACGAUAGCCCGGCUCCGCUCUCCGGAUCUUGGGGCGAAUCUAUGAGGAAGCUGCCAAUUACAUACAUAACUUAAAAACAGACAUCGCACCCCAACCGGGAAAACGCAGCACCACUGCCUGCCUAAUUAUAUAAACAUUAGGUGACCAGAUUAUUGGCAGGCACCGAGUAAUCGGAAUUUAUAAGUAAGUUGUUUCCAAAUUGGAUACUAAUACACCGACAUGCCGUUCUCCACAUCCUUACCCUCCGGGUUGAUCCCUCGGACAAUCUCAAGAGCGUUGCGGUCCUACUAUAACCCCACCAACAGCUGCACCUAUGCGCUCUCUUAUAAAAUCUCACCCCGCCAAAGUAAGGCUCCUUUUCCAACACCAACGCCGCAUUUUCUACCUUCCGUAACCGCCGUGAGACGACGACGAUUCUACUCAACUAUGGCCGCCAACAAGGAAUUCGCACUCGUGUGCUUGGAGAACCCUCUACUUGACAUCCAGGCCGUAGGCACUACAGACCUCCUCAAGAAGUACAACCUCAAGGAUAAUGAUGCGAUCCUAGCGUCUCCGGAGCACAUCCCGAUCUACGAUGAUCUGCUCGAGAACUUCGACGCUAAGCUGAUUGCUGGUGGCGCCGCCCAAAACACGGCGAGAGGUGCUCAAUAUAUCCUCCCUCCCAACAGCGUCGUCUACUUCGGCGGUGUCGGCAACGACAAGUACGCCGACAUCCUGCGGGAUGCCGUCAAGCAGGUCGGCCUGAGGGUUGAGUACCGUGUUGAUCCCAAGGAGCCCACGGGAAGGUGUGGCGUGGUUAUCACCGGUCACAACCGAAGCUUGUGCACUGACUUGGCCGCCGCUAACCACUACGACCUCGACCAUCUCAAGAGUCCCAAGAUCUGGGAGCUUGUCAAGAAUGCCCAGUUCUACUAUGUCGGUGGCUAUCACUUCACCGUAUGCCCACCCGCUAUCCAGGCUCUAGGCGAGGAAGCCGCCACCAACAACAAGACCUUUGUCGUUAACAUCAGCGCACCAUUCAUCGCCGAAUUCUUCAAGGAGCCCCUCGACGCGUCGUCCAAGUACUGGGACUACGUGAUCUGCAACGAGUCCGAGGCCGCCGCGUACGCCAAGUCGCACGCGCUGCCCGUGGCCGAGACCGACGUGCCCGGCAUCGCCAAGGCGCUGGCCAACCUGCCCAAGGCCAACGCCAAGAAGCCGCGGGUGGCCGUCGUCACGCAGGGCACGCUGCCCACCGUCGUCGCGGUCCAGGGCCAGGACGAGGUCAGGCAGUUCCCCGUCCACGCCAUCGACGCCUCCAAGAUCAACGACACGAACGGCGCCGGCGACGCCUUCGCCGGCGGCUUCGUCGCCGGCCUCGUCCAGGGCAAGUCCCUCGAGGAGAGCGUCGAUAUGGGGCAGUGGCUCGCGCGGUUGAGUAUCCAGGAGUUGGGGCCUUCAUACCCCUUCCCCAAGCAGAGCUACCAACCCUCGAAAUAAACUACCAACUCGUAGAUUUU